UCUUGUUCAUGGAUAAAUACUUACUUCCUGGUUGGCCUGACGAGGCUCGCUGCUACCAUCCACAUAAUAGAGGAUCCUUUGGCAGCCUUGCAUGGCCACCACCACCACCUCUUCCUAAGGCUUCUACUUCUCAUCAUAGUUUUCCUUUCUCAUCUAUGUCCGCCGAAGCUAUUGCAGAAGAUAAAGCCACUGCAGCUUCCAAGAGCCACAGCCAAGCCGAGAAGCGCCGUAGGGAAAGGAUUAAUGCUCACCUUGCUGCUCUCAGGAAACUCAUCCCUCGAUCUGACAAGAUGGACAAGGCUACCUUGUUAGGCAGUGUGAUUGAGCAUGCCAAGGAUUUAAAGACAAGAGCUGCUGAGAUUAGUAAAUCCUUCCUAGUCCCCACCGAAGUCGAUGAAGUGACUAUCGAUUAUGAAGAAGAAGAAGAAGAAGAAGAAACUUCAGAGCCCACAAACAAUAACAACAAAGUAGGAAACAUCUUCAUCAAGGCCUCUAUCUGUUCUGAAGAUCGACCGGAAAUUUUCACAGAUAUAACUGAAGCCCUCAAAGGCCUGAAGUUAACUACAGUUGAGACAGAUAUGGCCACAGUAGGUGGUAGGGUUAUAAACGUUAUGAUUCUCAAUGCAAAUAAUUAUGAGAAGGGCACUUCCUUAAACUCCCUCAAACAGACUCUCAAAGUAGUUUUAACUAGAGUUGCUUCAUCUCCAACAACAUCGAUGAAUGCUCGUGCAAGCAAGAGGCAAAAGAUCAUGUUACCAUCAUAUUACCCAGAUUCUCAAGUUGAUCCUUUCUCAUGUGUUGUUUCUGGUUCGAUUUCUCACUCUCAUGAGAGACCCUUUAAACCCUAA